AUGAAUAGCGGAGGUAUAGGUGCAAGAUUUGGUGUGAGUUCAGGUAGUACUGGUAGUAGUAGUGCAACAGGUAGUUAUGGUAGUUACAAAUCAGCAUCAUCAACAGGUGGAUCAAACAAUAGUUAUACUACAAUGAAUGUAGGAGGAGGAUUUAGUGGUGGUGGAGGUAGUAUGAGUGGCUUUGGAUCAAUGAUGAUUCCUCCACCUUCUAAAGCUGUUAGACCAUCGUUUGUGGCUACUGAAGGUACCUAUAAACUCAUCAAAGACAUACCUCCACCUCACAAGGAAAUGUCUAGAAGAAUAUCAAAGAUUUCAAUCAAGUUAUCAGCCUACACCGGUGAUCGUGCUGCAACUCCAUCUCCUUCAAUGUCUGGGUCAUCCUAUUCAUCAUUUGCAUCUUCAUAUGCUAGUUCACUAAGUGGAGGUGGUCAUUCUUCAACCAAAGGAGCACCUCCAAGUGGAAAUGAUACACUAUCUGGAACAACACCUCCAACAACAACAUCAACAUCAUCAUCGACAUCAACAUCAUCAAACAAAGACAAGAAUAUUAUUAAACCUCCACCAUCAUCAAAUGAACAAACACUAUAUCUAUCAUCAACUGUUGGUAAUGUAGCCACUCUUUAUCAUUUCUAUGAUGUUGAUAAAGAUAAAGCUGAAUAUCAUGUAAAAUUAACAUUAGAUAAAAUUAUACCAACAUGUCAAAAGAUGAAUCAAUUAAAGAGUCAAAGAGGGUUUCUUCAGAUGGUGUAUGGUACAGAGAAUGGAGACAUUUAUUAUUUUGAGGCGUCAGAUGUACCAGCUAUUUUCAACAAGGCAGGUAGAAUCAAUCAAUCUCGAUGCACGUCUAUUGAAUGGUUGCCUGGAAGCAACACAGAGUUUUUGGUUGCAUUUGCCAAUGGUGUUUUGUUUUAUGUUAAUAUUGCGCAACAGGCCGAGCCAAUUACUAUCAUGUCGGCUAGUUGCAACUCAUCCAUGUCAUCCAGUGCAAUGGGGUCAAAUAUACCACCUCUCAUCACCACAGCAACCACCCAGAGUGAUUACAGCGCAGAUCCAAACAAUGUAUACGGCUAUGACAACUCCAACUAUAUCAAGAUCAAUUCGGUUCAAUAUGUAUCGACCAAUGACCUAUUCUCACAAAAGUCAAUCACUGCUCUAUCAUUCUCUAGAUGUGGCAAGUAUUUGGCAGUGGUUGCAUUGGAUGGUCUAUUGACAGUAUACGAUUUCAAAAAGGUUGGAGGUCUAAGCGCCGUUAAAUUGGUCGCAUUUAAAAGUUAUUUUGGUGGAUUCCUCUGUGUCGAUUGGAGUCAUGAUGGAAACUAUUUGGUCACUGGAGGUGAAGAUGAUUACAUAUCUAUUUGGUCAUUCCAUGAAAAGUGUCUUGUUGCUCGUGGACAAGGUCACCAGUCAUGGGUUAGUUGUGUAAAAUUCGAUCCAUUUGCUCAAAUCAAUGGUAGUAACAUUUUAAAUUCAUCUUCGGCCGUUUUAUCAACCUCUAUGACAAGUAGUCUUAAUAAUAUGAAUCUUGCAAAUCAAAUUAAAGAUUCAACAACCACACUUCAAAACAAUAAUAAUAAUAAUAACAAUUAUUUUUAUAGAAUUGUAUCAGGUGGUGAAGAUACACGUCUUGUUCUAUGGGAUUUCUGUAAAGAAAAUUUACGUAAACCAAAGGUUAGUGGAGGACAACCUACUACUCAGCAACAACAACAACAACAACAACCACAAAAUGAUAUGGUUGUUGAGAGCAUUUCAAGAACCGUCGCACCAAUACUAUUACCAAUUGUAUCUCAUAGAGUGAAUCAACCAAUGUCUGAUUUGGUAGUCACACCAGAUUUCAUCAUUUCAGCAUCCGACCAAUUAUAUAUUUGGGGUAGACCUAGAAUUGAUAUCGACAAUAAAUCAACUGAGGCACCUCCUAUUACUCCACUAUCAUUUACCAAAAUGAAUAUGAAAUAUGAUCAUUUAAUGACAUCAUGUUAUCUUAAUUCAUCACAAUGUAAACAUUGGAUAUUUACAUCAGAGCAACUAGAAGACUAUAGAGGCAAUGCAAGGAAUCAAUUCACUCAACAAUACCUCAAACAGAGACCAGACCAAGAACAAGAUCAAGAAAAGAAUACAGCAUUUCUAACGAGGGAAGAAGAGAAAACAUUAUUGGCUCAUUAUAAAAAGAAGAUCAUAGAUAUAGGUCAUGCUUUAAACUUACCAGAUCAAGUGAUUUCAACGUCAAUUGUAUAUUUAAAUAGAUUCUAUUUAAAAAGAAGUUCAAUGGAGUAUAGUCCAAAGAUGGUAAUGAUAUGUUGUAUCUUUUUGGCAUGUAAAUCAGAAGAGAAUCAUAUCGAUAUUGAAUUCUACAGUAAAACUUUGAUGGUCGAGUCUAAAGACAUUGCUGAUUUGGAGUUGCCUACAUUGGAGGCACUUCGAUUCCAUCUACUUGUAUAUCACCCAUUCAGACCUCUCUAUGGAUAUCUUUUGGACAUUAAUGAUCUACAAUCUCAAUCAUCAACAUCAUCGUUGCCAUGGUUGAGCAAGGCAUCAUUUACACUUGAUCAAACCUAUGAAAAAUGUAAACCACUCAUCUUAAAGUCUAUCAUGAGCGAUUGUUGUUUUAUUUAUCAUCCUCAUGAAAUUGCAUUGGCUUGUCUUGAUUUGGCAUGGCCAGAAUUUAAAUCAUAUUUUGAACAUAAAUUCCAACAACAUAAAGAUAUCGAAAAGUUACUAUCAACAAUUAAUAUUAUCAAAGUAAGUUUAAAUUCUAUAUCAGAUACCCCAAUAGAUGUAGAAAUAGUUCGAAAGAUCGAUAAAAAAUUAAUAUUACUAAACAAAACAAAAAGAAAAGGUGAAGAAACAAAGAAAAAGAAACAAGCAUCAGUAAAGAAACAGAAAAAGGAGCCAACAACAACCGCAGCAACAGUGACAACACCAGUUCCAGCCAAUGGUGAUAAUAAUUCAGAUCCAAUUAUAAUUGAUAAUCCACCAUCCAAUUAA